AUGGCUCACGCACGCGCGUAUUACGGUUCAACGUACCCUGCGGGUUCGGUUUACGACGUCAUCUCAGGCCAAGACGCAAACCUCCAAUUCAUAACCAACAUCGUCAUCUACCAGGUACCCCUCACCAUCUUCGAAACAGCAACAGCAACCGAUACCGUAACUGCCACCGAAACUAUCACAAACACCGCAACCGAGACCUCGACAAUCACCGAACAAACCACAAUUUUCACAGCCACAUCCCCCGUUAUCGCUAUCCCCACAUUCACCGUCUAUGCCAUCGGCGGCGAUAACAGCGGAAACCCCAUCGCGGACGCCAGCGUCUACAUCCCCAACACCACCGGAAACGAGGCUGGUCUCUCGCCCGUCCUGCAUUUUACCACAGUAGACAACAACAAGCUACAAGUCCUCAAUGGGCCAUAUGCUGGCUCUGUCGGCAAGACCAACCCGAAUGUCGGGGCAACUGAAGCCUAUAAAUGA